AUGGAGGUGUGGUGGCUUCAAAACAGCGCCCCCUGUUAGUCAUUUAGUGUAUAUAUAAAUUAUUGGUACGUACUUACACUGAGUGCACAAAACAUUAGGAUCACCUGCUCCUUCCAUGACAUAAACUGACCAGGUGAAUCCAGGUUAAAUCCACUUCAAUCGGUGUAGAUGAAGGGGAGGAGACAGGUUAAAGAAGGAUUUUUAAGCCUUGAGACAAUUGAGACAUGGAUUGUGUAUGUGUGACAUUCAGAGGGUGAAUGGGCAAGUCAAAAGAUGUAAGUGCCGUUGAACAGGAUAUGGUACACAGGAGGUUGGUGGCACCUUAAUUAGGGAGGACGGGCUCAUGGUAAUGGCUGGAGCGGAAUAGGUGGAAUGGUAUCAGAUACAACAAACACAUGGUUUCCAUGGUUUCCAGGUGUUUGAUGUCAUUCCAUUCGCUCCGUUCCAGCUAUUAUUAUGAGCCGUCCCUCCCCUCAGCAGCCUCCACUGGUAUGGUAGUAGGUGCCAGAAGCACCGGUUUGAAUGUGUCAAGAACUGCAACACAGCUCAGUUUUUCAUGCUCAACAGUUUCCCGUGUGUAAUUGGAGUGUAUGACAUUGAGAGAGGCACUCCGACAUCUACAGCGACACCUCAGAGGAAGUCAUUGGGAAAGACUAUAAUGCUCUCAGCUCGCCUCUCCCUUGCAAUUAGUCUGAUGGCAUAAUCCGUUCCUCUGUAAACGGAUGCCAUAUCUAAUCAACAUGCUAAAACAAGGCUAAUUAGUAGGCCAUCUCAUCUGGGGGAGGAUGCUGCUGCUGCUACUGAUCUCUACCCUGCAUCCGAAUGGUUCCUAAUGGAGCCAAAAUGGAGGAGUCAAAGAAAGCACAGAGUGAGAUUAAUUCCCCAGCUUGUUUUAUAAAACAAUCACGAUUUGAUUUGUCAGGGGUCUUUACUGUAAAAACAUAAACUCUGAUUAUGUUAAUUAGACUCUAAAUGGGUGACUGAAUGUCUCUGGAUAAGAUAUUCAAAAAAAUAAAUCACACAAAAGAGUGUUUAAAUUGAAGAAAACCUUGAAUUAACAUCUUUUAGAUAUUAUCAGUGUGGAUGUGGAAUAUUUUCUAACCAGUGUCCCGUGCUGAGGUAACCUACAGUGAGGGAAAAAAGUAUUUGAUCCCCUGCUGAUUUUGUACGUUUGUCCACUGACAAAGAAAUGAUCAGUCUAUCAUUUGAAUGGUAGGUUUAUUUGAACAGUGAGCGACAGAAUAACAACAAAAAAAUCCAGAAAAACGAGUGUCAAAAAUGUUAUAAAUUGAUUUACAUUUUAAUGAGGGAAAUAAGUAUUUGACACCCUCUCAAUCAGAAAGAUUUCUGGCUCCCAGGUGUCUUUUAUACAGGUAACGAGCUGAUAUUAGGAGCACACUCUUAAAGGGAGUGCUCCUAAUCACUGCUUGUUAUAUGUAUAAAAGACAUCUGUCCACAGAAGCAAUCAAUCAAUCAGAUUCCAAACUCUCCACCAUGGCCAAGACCAAAGAGCUCUCCAAGGAUGUCAGGGACAAGAUUGUAGACCUACACAAGGCUGGAAUGGGCUACAAGACCAUCGCCAAGCAGCUUGGUGAGAAGGUGACAACAGUUGGUGCGAUCAUUCGCAAAUGGAAGAAACACAAAAGAACUGUCAAUCUCCCUCGGCCUGGGGCUCCAUGCAAGAUCUCACCUCGUGGAGUUGCAAUGAUCAUGAGAACGGUGAGGAAUCAGCCCAGAACUACACGGGAGGAUCUUGUCAAUGAUCUCAAGGCAGCUGUGACCAUAGUCACCAAGAAAACAAUUGGUAACACACUACGACGUGAAGGACUGAAAUCCUGCAAAAGAAAGCACAUAUACAGGGCCAUCUGAAGUUUGCCAAUGAACAUCUGAAUGAUUCAGAGGAGAACUGGGUGAAAGUGUUGUGGUCAGAUGAGACCAAAAUCGAGCUCUUUGGCAUCAACUCAACUCGCCGUGUUUGGAGGAGGAGGAAUGCUGCCUAUGACCCCAAGAACACCAUCCCCACCGUCAAACAUGGACGUGGAAACAUUAUGCUUUGGGGGUGUUUUUCUGCUAAGGGGACAGGACGGGGCCAUGUACCGUCAAAUCUUGGGUGAGAACCUCCUUCCCUCAGCCAGGGCAUUGAAAAUAGGUCGUAGAUGGGUAUUCCAGCAUGACAAUGACCCAAAACAAACGACCAAGGCAACAAAGGAGUGGCUCAAGAAGAAGCACAUUAAGGUCCUGGAGUGGCCUAGCCAGUCUCCAGACCUUAAUCCCAUAGAAAAUCUGUGGAGGGAGCUGAAGGUUCGAGUUGCCAAACGUCAGCCUCGAAACCUUAAUGACUUGGAGAAGAUCUGCAAAGAGGAGUGGAACAAAAUCCCUCCUGAGAUGUGUGCAAACCUGGUGGCCAACUUCAAGAAACGUCUGACCUCUGUGAUUGCCAACAAGGAUUUUGUUUUGCAGAGGGGUCAAAUACUUAUUUCCCUCAUUAAAAUGCAAAUCAAUUUAUAACAUUUUUGAAAUGCGUUUUUCUUGAUUUUUUUGUUGUUAUUCUGUCUCUCACUGUUCAAAUAAACCUACCAUUAAAAUUAUAGACUGAUCAUGUGUUUGUCAGUGGGCAAACGUACAAAAUCAGCAGGGGAUCAAAUACUUUUUUCCCCUCACUGUAUGUGAGAGCUGUUUGACUAAAGAGUUUGAUAGAUGAGGGGGAACUGAAGUGGAACUGUGUGGUAAUGUGGAUUUGAUUCCUGCUCCAUCAAGCAUGUGGCUAAAUAUAUUAAAGGCCAAUUCAUUUUGUGGAAAUCCCUGAAAAUAGUACUGAUGGUUUCCACUUGUGGUACAGUAAAACCCCUGAAGGGCAAUCUACUUUCACACUCCUUCUCAAACUGGAGUGUUCACUAUGCAGCUGAUCGACUGUUUAGUCUCUUUACCUCACAAUCUAUGGAUUCUUACCUGUGUGUAUACUUACAAAUGGACUAUGUAUAGCUAUUAAAAAACACAUCUAGGAACCCCCUACACAAAGACAAAGUUCCCUAUUGCAGGCGACACGACUCAAGCGUAGGUAGAUACUAGGUAGGCACAUGACUCUCACCUCAACCCACCCAUUUCCAGUUUCCCUUAGUCUCUUUGUCCUCUUUAGUCUCAGUGUUCUACGUCCUGAGUUGCUGUCCUAACCUCAAUUCACACAAAUGUUCUCUUAAGUCUGGGUGCAAACCUGACUUGUUGUGUGAUGUAGCACAGCUAGGAUGUAGCCCAUGGAUGUAGCCCAUGGAUGUAGCCCAUGGAUGUAGCCUAUGGAUGUAGCCCAUGGAUGUAGCCCAUGGAUGUAGCCCAUGGAUGUAGCCCAUGGAUGUAGCCCAUGGAUGUAGCCCAUGGAUGUAGCCCAUGGAUGUAGCCCAUGGAUGUAGCCCAUGGAUGUAGCCUAUGGAUGUAGCCCAUGGAUGUAGCCCAUGGAUGUAGCCCAUGGCUGUAGCCUAUGGAUGUAGCCCACAGUAAGAACCAAGUCAUGCCCCUUCAGAAAGAGAAACUUGUGUGGGAUCUUGGGAUGAUUUAUUCACACUACAGUACUGUAUAGCAGAGCAGAGGUCAAUAGAGUUUUGUAUGUGCUGACAAAGCACAUUUCCCUCAAGAAAUAUUUUUUUCAUCAUAAGGAAGGACAGCUCAUGCAAUCAUGCAUAAAUAAAAAAGCACAUGCUUCCUGAAUCCUGCUCUAGUGAACUUUAUUUAGGGGAUUUGAGAGUACACACGCGUUUCCUACUGAAGAACCAUAUGGAACCCAAACCACACAUCACAAUGCUCUCCUGUCCAACUUAGACCAAAGUGGGAAUGAGUUAACCCAUACCGCUGCUGCCACAGGACUUGUGACCAGGUCACUGGCUGAUGACUGGAUUGCUCUUAGGUAGUGACAUCAGUCACCAAACCACAGAAAUCCCAAAAAUAAGGCCUUCCAUUCAGCAGUCUAGUUCUUACCUUAACUGACCACACAUUCUCAAACCCUGAAUGUCAUUUAUAAACACUGAUAGGUGAUCAGUUCCUCUAACCUGGCAGGCUUCACUUCUGUUCCGCUGAGAUAUAAAUACUGGCUGGGUCGACAUGACAAUACUACAAUCCAGCCAGGAGCACACUCCGCUCAUAUCUCAUUAUCAAGGUAAGAUAUGACAUACUACUACAGUAUGGCCUAUUGAUUGAAGCAUAUUUAACUUUGUCUGGUUCAGGAGAACAUCAUUAACAUUUAGAUACAAUACAUAUCAAUAGACAUUAACUUAAAGUACUCUUGUUUUUCUGUCUGCCAGAUGAACAUGUUACUAUACAACGUCCUGUAUCUCAUCCUUCAUGUGGCGUCAAGCAGCCAACAUGGGACGGAGACCAUUGAGACUCUCAUGCCAAAUGGUGACUGUUUCAGCCUAUUUAUCUCUCAUCUUUACCCGUCUACUCCUCCUGACAUAUACACUCUCUACUUCUGAUUGAAUAACUUACACUGUCAUAAUAUUAAUAUGUUGGAGACUAAUGAAAUUCAAACAUUUGUAUAAAACAAACUUUCAACAUGAAGGCUGUACUAAAACAUUGGUGGCCAUGUGGUUCCCAGUGCUCGUGGUGAAGGUGGAUCUGAGGGUCUUCACUGAGACGCAGGUCCCUCUUCUCUGUGGGGACUCCUAUCAGGACACAGAGGUGAUCUGGAGGAAGGGCAGUGAGCGUGUAGGACAAGGGAACCAGAUCAAGGUGAAAGUGGUGGAGAUGAUUGGAGGGAACUACAGCUGUCACAACGCUGCUGGAGACUACCUCAACCACACCCUGGUGCUGGUGCAGGACAUCCAAUCACCCAACAGACGGAGACGCGUCCUGGAGAAGUCACAUGACACAGAUGAGGAUGGUGUGUGUUUGUGUGUGUAUAUGUAUGUGUGUGUGUGUGUGUGAGAGAGAGAGAGAGAGAGAGAGAGAGAGAGAGAGAGAGAGAGAGAGAGAGAGAGAGAGAGAGAGAGAGAGAGAGAGAGAGAGAGAGAGAGAGAGAGAGAGAGAGAGAGAGAGAGAGAGAGAUAGAAAGAGAGAAUAAUAAUUUCUCAAUUUCCCUCCCUCUCUCAUUUUGUUUCUCUUUUUACCCAGAGUACAUAAGAUGUUUGGCAAAAAAUUACAAUGGAACAUUUCAUUGCUAUUGGAAGAAGACUGAGCAUCGGAUGUCAGCAGUUGUUGUUCUGGUCCAAGUAGGACAGUAAGUCUUCAAACAUACAGUAGAUUAAUUUUGUAUGACCAAUGGGCUGCUCUCAUGUACUGAUGGUUACAUCAUUUGAUCUUGUCACAUGAAUGAUGCUAUUCGAAGUGAAUACUACAACAGUGCAAACGCUCUCUCCACUGACACUGACUCUCUGUGAAGAGCUUUUGAUUUGUUAUGUUUGAACAUCAGGCUUCUUUCAGAGAGUGAGAAGUCCCAAGGCUAACCAGGAGAUUUGUGUCCCUCAUUCAGGCUCUCUGGCAGCAACUUCUCCUGCUCUGUACACGGUGAUGGUGCAGGUUUGACCUGUGACGAUCUGGACAGCUGUUCCUUUGCUGAGGAGGUGUCCCGUAUCGACCUGACCGUCUACUUCAGGACCAACUACCUCCUAGAGGACUACACCGUUACACCCUUCUACAUACGAGAAAUAGGUACAGUAAGGCCAAGGCAAACAUGUCCUCCGCACUCAUUCACUGGAAAUAGCAUUGUCACAUCAUCCAGGUAUAACUUAAUAUACAGUACAUCUCAUUCCAUCCUUGUUUUAGGUAGACAUGCUUUCUGUUGUAUAUCAUAAGAUUCACAUGGCCACCACUUCAGUAAUAUAGGUUCUGUCUGGUCUCCUUCUCUCCCUCAUCAGUGAAGACAGACAAGAUCCACAUCACCAAGGUGGAGGGGAACACCUUUGAGUGGGGGUACCCUGCGACGUGGAGCCUCCCCCAUUCUUACUACCCCCUCACAUUCCAGGUCAAAGUGGUCCACCUCGGGGCAAGCUGUGACUCUGAAAAACAGGUAGAAGCCCAUUUUUAUGCAACAAUUUUGUCCUUGAAAUUCUCAAUAUCGUGAUGUGUCUUGAUUGACACUUUAAUCUGGUCUGUGAUACUUGGCCAAUCUUUACAAUCAUUACUUUUACAAUAUGGUACUCUAUAAUUGAAACUUCAUACAUUAAUUAAUGUGUAGAAGAACAUUGGCACCAGGGAUUAAAUUCUAAGGUGAAGGUACAUUCUCUCCUCUUCGAUAUAGGUGUUUCUGAUGGAAACCAAAGAAACAAAGUUUACCCUCAAUCACAGCCCCAAGAAGUAUCGUUUCUGCCUCCGGGCGAAGGAUAAACUGGUUGACUGCCCCUGGUGUCAGUGGACCCAUCAUGAGUGA